UUCUUUGUCCUUUCAGGUUUAUUUGAAUUGCAGUGACGAUUGGUCAAGGUAAAGGAGCAACUUCUAUAUAGUGGAAGGAAAAGAAGUAGAGAAAACAGUAGGUGAACGAGGUGUUUGGAGACCUUAAGCAUCUUUCGAAAAGCAAAAUCUGGGAGUUUAUGAAAUAAGAAGCGGUGUUUGAUUUUUAACCUUAUUAUACUUCUGAAAGGAAGUGUUUAUAGGCAGCACUAGGAAAAGUGUACAACUUUGUUAAGAAUGGAGUCUUUAUGGAAGUUAGUGUAUUUGCUUGAACCAGCACCCAUCGCUCUUAUUCUGACUGCCAUAGCUGUGUCAUUUGCAUCUGCGUUCCGGGCUUUAAACUAUGGCAAAGAAAUGGAGAGAAAUCGUGAUUGGUCUGAAGCAUCAAUUACCUUAGACAGGUCUCAGGCUCUUAUGAUCCCGGUAGUGAGCUCUUGCAGCUUGCUUAUGAUGUUCUAUUUGUUCUCUUCUGUCUCACAGAUCCUCACUGUGUUUACUGCAGUUGCCUCAGCAUCAUCUCUUUACUUUUGCCUAUUCCCUUAUAUUGCCCAAAUCAAGUCCCGGUUUGGCUUAGCUGACCCUUUUGUAUCUCGAUGUUGUUCGAAGCCAUUUACUAGGAUCCAAGGCCUUUUGACGUUGCUAUGCAUUGGCACGGUUAUAGCAUGGCUUGUCUCUGGGCAUUGGAUACUGAAUAAUUUGCUGGGCAUCUCUCUUUGUAUUGCUUUUGUGAGCCAUGUUCGCCUUCCUAACAUUAAGGUUUGUGCAAUGCUCCUUGGCUGCUUGUUUGUAUAUGAUAUAUUCUGGGUUUUCUAUUCCGAGAGAUUCUUUGGCGCAAAUGUCAUGGUGUCUGUAGCAACCCAGCAAUCAUCCAAUCCUGUACACAUAGUGGCGAAUAGAUUGAGCCUUCCUGGAUUGCAGUUGAUAACCAAAAAACUCGAGUUGCCUGUCAAGAUUGUGUUCCCCAGAAAUUUACUGGGUGGUGUAGUGCCUGGAUAUGCUGCUGUUGAUUUCAUGAUGCUGGGUCUUGGUGACAUGGCUAUUCCUUCGAUGCUUUUAGCAUUGGUUCUCUGUUUUGACCAUAGAAAGAGCAAGGACUCUGAAAACAUCAUGGAUAUACCGCCUCCAAAGGAGGAGAUAUCAUCCCCAAAGGGGUUUUACAUAUGGUAUGCGCUAGCAGGAUAUUCCCUUGGACUGGUUACUGCCUUAGCAGCUGGUAUUUUGACUCACUCGCCACAACCAGCACUUCUAUACUUGGUACCAUCAACUUUGGGGCCGAUAAUUGUCAUUUCAUGGAUGAGAAAGGAGCUAGCGGAGCUGUGGGAAGGAUCACCGUCAAACAUAAAUGAGAAAACUCGUUUUACUGACGUCUGAGCUCUUGCGUUCUUCCCAUAAAGCUACAUCUAGGGAGGGCACAUCCAAACCUGUAAAUUUACUUGGUAUAAUUCAGCCCCAUCUGUUGGAUAUUUACAAUUUUUGUUGGACCUAUGUCUUACGUAUAUUUACGAGGUUGUCAAUCUUGAGACAGCGACGAGCCUCAGACUUAUGUUGCAAUUACAAACGCUAAUAUUUCUAUUA